UUCAAAUAGGAAAUUAUCAUUUAUGUAGAGACUUGAGGUAAGUAUCUCAUAGCGAAGUUUUAAAGUAAACAAAUAGACAUAUCAUAAAUGCAUCAUACUUGCGGAAACUUCAUUCAAUGCUAUAUAAAAAGGGACAUAAGAGGAAUCUAAAGAAUCAGAGAGAGAGAGAGAAACUGCAAGAAACGAAAAUGUCUAAUAAACGAGUCCAAAUUGUAUCUAAUCCUGAUAUUGAAUUUGAAGAAAAAUUAUUAUUUAAUCAGAACGUGUUCCAUCGUUUGCUAACUGCAGAAGACAUUCAAGAAAUAAUUAAUCGUGUUUUAAAUAACAAUGUCGAGAUCAUCAACUAUUCUCUUCGACCAUAUUCCAAUGGUAAAAUUGGCUUCCUCGGUUCGCAUCAAAAACUUUGUAUUACGACGAAACAAAGGAAUGAGAAGAAAACAUACUUCUUUUUUGCGAAGAUAAUACCAUAUGAUGUACCUGAUCAAGCAGACUACAUAAUAGCAAAAGGUAUUUUCAAUAAGGAAGUAACGUUCUACAAAGAAAUAAUACCAAUACUAUACGAAAAUUAUCAAGGAGAACGUUGGUCUCCAAAUUGUUACAAAAUAAAAGAUAAUUAUUUGGUAUUCGAGGAUUUACAAAAAGAAGGAUAUACAAUGCGAAACAAACUCUUCAAUGAGGAACUUACUACUGCAGCUUUGGCAACAAUUGCACAGAUGCAUGCAACCUCAUUAAUGGCAGAAGAUCGUUUACCAAUGCCUUUGAUUAAAAUCUAUCCUAAUGCGUUCGAGGAAAAAGCAUUCAUUUGGACAGGACAAACUAAAGAAUGGAUUGAUGCAGGAGUUAAAGCAGCUGUUGAAAUUGCUAAAAAUCUUGGCCUUGAUUCAAGCUUGAUACCAAUAGUUUCACCAAAAAUUAUGGAAGCUAUUCAAGUUUCUGCAAAGAAAUCAAACGUGAUUAGUCAUGGUGAUCUUUGGGCUAACAACUUGAUGUUUAAUAAUGACAAACCUCCGAAAUGUUUGUUAAUCGAUUUUCAAUUACUCAGAUACUGUCCUUUAGCACACGAUGUCUCUCAGUUACUCUAUCUAUGUACAUCUCGUAGUUUUAGAGAAACACGAGAAGAAGAUAUGUUGAAACAUUAUUAUAAAGUUCUUUGUGAGACUUUAAAAACUCACCAGUUUUCUGGACAAUGUCCUUCUUGGUCUGAAUUACUUCAAGGAAUAGAAGAACAACGUUUAGGUUCUUUGAUAACAGCUAUGUUAUAUUUUCCAACAGUUUUAAUGGAUGAAAGUCUUAGUGCUCAAAUUAUGAGCGAUUCUAAUGGCUAUUCAGAAUAUGUUUUUCGUGAUAGAACUAAUAUUGUGAUUAAUAAUAUGAAACGAGAUUUAGAAUACAAUAAUAGAAUUACAGAAACAAUUGAAGAGUUAAUUGAACUCGCUAAACGUCUUAACGAGUUACCUGUACCAUGUUAA